UCAGCUGUAAAACUGGGCUAAUAAUCACAAAUGAGGCAAUGCUUGUGAGGUGCUUGGUGUUGAGUAGAGAGGAAUUUUCGUGGCCUGGGUCUCCCACUAUCAGUUGUCUGAUGUUGGCUAAUGUAAUCAACUGUUCUAGGCCUUAGUCUUCUCAUCUGCAAAAUGGGGUCAAUUAUGGUUCCUGUUAAGUUACUAUGAGGAUUAAAUGAAAUUCUGCUUGGAACGGGACCUGGAGAGAGUGGGUACUGUUAUGGUAGCCGGGCUUUAUGGCUGCAAGUAACAGAGACUAUCAAUCAUCUUAAGUGCUUAAAAGGGAAUUUACUGGAAGGACUUAAGGGAGCUCAGAGCAUGUCUGAAGUCUACAGACCCGGCUUGGAGAGACAAGAUAGAAGCCAUUGGCCUAAGAGUGAGAGGCCUCAGCCCCCAUUCUGUUCCUGCCUCCUAGCUCAUAAGCCUGACCCAGCAGGGCUCAUCUGAUGGCUGAACUAAAGCUGGUCCUGGAUAGAAGCAGCCCCCCAUGGAUGGUGCCUCUGGAGCCCCUCCUGGAGGGGUGGGCAUGCCCCUGCCUGGCCAGACCAUGUCUCCUCAGGACUCCCAUCCUGUGUCUGUGUCCUUUGUAGGAAUUAACUCAUUGAAGUUUUUCAACAGCUCAGUGAGAUGGCUGUUAUCAUCCCUGUUUUUUUUUAGGUGGGGAAACAGGCACAAGGAGGAGAAGGUAGUUGGAGAGUCUCUGAGCAUCCCACAUGAGCAGCAUAGGGCCUGGCACAUGUUGGCCUUAUCUUUCUUUUUCUUUCUUUCUUUUUUUUUUUUUUUUUAAGUUUUAUUAUUUUGACAGACAGAGAUCAGAAGCAGGCAGAGAGAGAGGGAGGAAGCAGGCUCCCCACUGAGCAGAGAGCCCGAUCCGGGGCUCAAUCCCAGGUCCCUGAGAUCAUGACCCGAGCCGAAGGCAGAGGCUUAACCCACUGAGCCACCCAGGUGUCCCUGGCCUUAUCUUUCUGCCCAUGUUGGGAGGGGCUGAGUGGAGGCUAGUGAUGUAGGAAUCAGUGCUGGUGUGUGUGUAAGGACAGUGACCUGGCUGGCGGUCUUGUAUCUGCAGCUCCUAGGAAAGGUCAAUGUUUGUUGCGUGGAUGAGUGAAUGGCUACACGCAUAGAUUAUGAGUGUUGGGCCAGCUGCUGAGUAUGGGGCCACAUCACACCAUCAUUUCGCCUCAUGUGUCAAAACUGGCCUUUGGUUGCCCUGGGACCUGCCAUACCCCCGACCCGCCUAGCUGUGCCUGGGGCCACACUGACUGAAGGUGGUGGUUCCAACGGGGAAGGGGCCUAUAGCCCAGAAAACGGCAGAUGCUUCCCUGAGUAUGAGCGGGCCUCCAAGAUGGACCAGUUCGUGACCCGCUUCCUCCUGCGGGAGACAGUGAGCCAGCUGCAAGCCCUGCAGAGCUCGCUAGAAGGGGCAUCAGACACCCUGGAGGCCCAGGCCCGGGGCCCACGGUCAGACGAACACAGCGUGGAGGUGCAGAGCAGGUCCCAUGGCAGCCGGCGGGCAGGACGCAGGGCCCUGCGGAGUAUUGGGCGCUCACCCACCUGGUCUCCCAGCUCCUCCUCCUCGGACACAGGGCAGAGCUCAGAAGCCGAGAUGCAGUGGCGGCUCCAAGUCAACCGUCUCCAGGAGCUCAUAGACCAGCUCGAGUGUAAGGCCCCCAGGCUAGAACCUCUGCAUGAAGAAGAGCCUACCCAGGGGCCUGAAUCGCACAUCCUCGUGGCCCAGAGGCAGGUGCAGGUGGCAGAGGAAGCCCUGCAGGAUUUCCACCGUGCCCUGUGCUGCUAUGUGGACUUCACAGGGGCCCAGAGCCAUUGCCUGCAUGGUGGUGGUAGUCUGGGCCUGGCCUGGCCAUCUCUUUGGCCCCACAGUGUGUCUGCCCAGAAGAUGCUGGACAAUGCUUCUUUCACCCUAUAUGAGUUCUGGCAGGAUGAGGCCUCCUGGAGAAGGCACCAGCAUUCUGCCUGUAGUAAGGCCUUCCAGCGCAUCCUCAUUGACCACCUUCGGGCUCCGGACACUCUCACCACUGUGUUCUUCCCAGCCUCCUGGUGGAUUAUGAAUAAUAACUGAGACUGACCUGCAUAAGCCAAGGCCCUGGGGCCCCACCUGCCUCAUCCUGGAACUUCUGGACUGGUCAACUCAGCACCGAGACCAAGGACGCGGCCUCUCUUAGAGCUGGGGAUGGGCCCUCAGAGGCGUACCCCCAGACCCAGCUGGUGGAGAGUCUCUCAGCCCAGGGAUCAGGGACUAGGCUGCUUGCUUUCUGUUUAUUUAAUCAGUGUAUUUUAUUGUUUGUAGCUUUGGCCUCUGAGGCACCCUGGCCUCUGCCUGGCUCAGGAGGCUUGGAUUCUGGUCCCCUCUGUCCCAGCCUUGUGUGACACAGAGCAGGUCGCUUCCCUCUCAGGGUGGGCCUUGGGCUGUCUGGCUGCCUAGUGGGUCCCCUGCUUUCUUCCUGCUGUCUUGGGGCCAGGCUUCUGCUCUUCCUCAACCAGCAGCAGAACCAGGGCUGAUGCUCAGGGACACCACCCCCCCAACCAAACCUCGAGCCCUGAGGCUGGGCUGGAUCCGUCUGCAUUGUGGGGUAAGGACCUGGGUGUCCCCAUCACCCUCCCGGGCUGGUAGGCUCCCAACUCUUCCAGCAUCCUCUGCUGAACCAGAGCCCUCUGCAGGAUCCUGGGUUGGUUUGCAUGUCAUCUGCAUAUCAUUUGCAUGCUCAUGCCCACCCAUACUCAGGGCACUAUGGGAAGUCCCAAGGUGACCUUGCCAAGUAGCAAUAAUUUGGGCCCAGUGUCACCUGUUCCCCCACCACCCCAAGAUACCUCUGAAUUCCAGUCCAGGACCCCAGCCCAGAGGCAAUAAAGGAAGUGGUCACCUC